AUGAUCGAUCAUACUGAUCUUGAAAAAACAUUUCUAUUGAAGGUACGACUUGAUCAAUUAUUCAGUAUAACAUUCUUGGUUCGACAAAAAAUCAUGAAUCCAGGAUACGACCCUAAAAUUCAAGUUGAGGUGGAUCCAACAGAGGAUACGGAAUGGAAUGACAUUCUUAGGGAACACAGAAUUAUUCCAGAGAAGCCUAAAAAAACAGAAGAACUGGAAGAGGAAGCAAGGGAAGAGAAAAAAGAACAGCAACACGCAAACAGGCUAGAAAACAAAACAUUGAAUGAAUUAGAUGAAUUAGAGGACGAUGAGGAGGAAGAGUUUCUUGAAAAGUAUAAACAAAAGCGAAUAGCUGAAAUUCGACGGCUCGCUUCCAAAGCGCACUUUGGUGAGGUGUAUGGUAUCAGUAAACCUGAAUACAAGAAAGAAGUUACGGAGGCAUCAAAACAUUGCUUUGUUGUGGUACAUAUGUCAUUGCACAGCAGUUUGCAGUCCAGAAUUCUAGCAAACUUGCUGAAUUUACUUGCACAUAAAUACCCUCAAAUUAAAUUUGUGGACAUACCGGCAAGUAGGGCAGUUGAAAAUUAUCCUGAGACAAGCUGCCCUACCUUAUUGAUUUAUAAAGGCGGUGACGUUAUUAAACAAUAUGUGACGCUUCUAAGAUUAGCUGGAAACCAGACAAAAAUAUCAAAUAUAGAGGACAUUUUAGUUGAGGUCAAGGCUAUUAAGGAUACUGACAGAAGGCUCGUCAAAAAUAACGAGCCUCACGAUGAACACUCAAAUAUAGGUGAACAUCAGUUAAGCAAUGAAGUCGGUGAAGAUGAGGACGAUUUCUUUGAUUAA